GCCGCCGGGGGCGGCAGAGGGCCAGGAGCAAGCCGGCAGCCAAUCAGCGGGGCCCGGGGCUAGGGGCUCGGGGAGCGGCGCGGGCCUUUUGCAAAUAAACGGCGAGCAGCCGCGGCGACCGCCUCGGAGCUCACUGCUUGCGGUUGGUGCUGGUGGUAGUGGUAAGGGGGGAGGGAAAAGGACGCGGCGGUAGCGCGUUGAUUAGCGCGACGGGUGGGCGGAGGCCGGUUGCCCCGGGCUCGGUGCUCCGGCGGCGGAGGGGCGGGGGCAGCUGCCGUUUUGUUCCAAGCGAUGUCGGCGGCGGCGCUCGGUGGCCGAGCUAAGAUGGCGGGCGGCCUGGUGCCCCGGCUCGGGUGCCCCCUCGGCUAGAGCCACGGUGAGAGGCGGCGCCCGGGACAGGAUGGUGACGCUGUCGCGGCGGGAGCCUUCCUAGAUGAUCGUAGCGGCCUGGACCCUAUUCCACGCCACACGGAGCCUGGUGCGAGGGUUUCUGCUUUCCACUGAGCCGCCCGGCGCUGCGCGCAGCGCGGCAGGCCGCAUGGGGAACAGCUGCGUGUGCCGGGAGGACAGCGACGCCGACGACAACGCGGCGGCGCCCCCGGCCCAGCGCGGUCACCAGCCGCCCCCUCCUCCGCCAUCGUCGUCGUCCUCCUCUUCCCAUCAUCAUCACCACCAGCAUCACAACAACGCCGAGGGCGAGCCCAGGAGCCGCUCCCGGGAGCCGGUGAGGCCGCCCAGGAGGGGCCGGGGCCCCCAUGAGCCUCGCAGGAAGAAGCAGAACGUGGACGGCCUGGUGCUGGAUACCCUGGCUGUCAUUCGCACACUAGUGGAUAAUGAUCAAGAGCCUCCAUAUUCAAUGAUCACCUUGCAUGAAAUGGCAGAAACAGAUGAAGGCUGGCUGGAAGUAGUGCAGUCGCUGAUCAGAGUUAUCCCUCUAGAAGAUCCAUUGGGGCCAGCUGUUAUUACGUUACUGCUUGAUGAGUGUCCACUGCCAACCAAAGAUGCAUUACAGAAACUAUCAGAAAUGUUGAAUUUAAGUGCGUCUCUAGCAAAACAGGAUGCUUGCAACCCAGCUAAACAUCGCAACACCACUGCAGUACUGGGAUGUCUGGCUGAAAAGCUUGCAGGUCCUGCCAGCAUUGGCCUUCUCAGCCCAGGCACCUUGGAAUAUUUACUGGAAAGUUUGAGUGUACAGUCUCACCCCAUGGUCAUGCUUUUCUCUCUUAUUGCCCUGGAGAAGUUUGCACAAACAAGUGAAAAUAAAUUAACCGUCUCUGAAUCGUAUAUUAGCGAUCAACUACUAAUGUUGGAGUCAUGGGUAAAUCACAGAGAUUACCUGAAACGACAAGUUGGCUUCUGUGCACAGUGGAGUCUGGAUAAUUUAUUUUUGAAACCGAAAAGGCAGUUCACUUACGAGAAGGUAAAUCUCAGCCACAUUAAUGCAAUGUUGAAUAGCAAUGAUGUUAGUGAAUACCUCAAAAUAUCACCAGAUGGACUAGAGGCUCGCUGCGAUGCAUCUUCAUUUGAAAGUGUCCGGUGUACUUUCUGUGUGGAUUCUGGCGUAUGGUACUACGAAGUAACUGUAAUUACUUCUGGUGUAAUGCAGAUUGGUUGGGCAACUAAGGAUAGCAAAUUUCUUAAUCAUGAGGGUUAUGGGAUUGGAGAUGAUGAAUAUUCUUGUGCAUAUGAUGGCUGCCGGCAGCUAAUUUGGUACAAUGCCAGAAGUGAACCACACAUUCACCCUUGCUGGAAAGAAGGGGACACAAUAGGAUUUCUCUUGGAUUUAAAUAAGAAGUUGAUGGUUUUCUAUCUUAAUGGAAACCAGCUACCCCCGGAGAUGCAAGUCUUUUCGUCUGCCACAUCUGGCUUCUUUGCUGCUGCUAGUUUCAUGUCCUACCAACAAUGCGAGUUUAAUUUUGGAGCAAAACCAUUCAAGUAUCCUCCAAAUGUCAAAUUCAGCACAUUUAAUGAAUAUGCCUCUUUGACCCCAGAAGAGAAAAUAAUUCUACCAAGACACAGACGACUCGCUUUAUUGAAACAAGUGAGCAUACGAGAAAACUGCUGCACGCUCUGCUGUGAUGAGAUGGCUGACACAGAACUCAGACCUUGUGGACAUAGUGACCUUUGCAUGGAAUGUGCCUUGCAACUGGACACCUGUCCCCUGUGCCGUCAAGAAAUAAAGACCCGUGCCAGGCUGAUUUCACACAUCUCCUGAAUUUUCACUUAAAACCUGUUCUGAUCAUGAUCAUCAUCAUCAUUAAUACAAAGUGCUAUCGAAUGAAAUAAUUGAGCUGGGACAUGUACCUUACAAAAUGCAAUGUGUGUGGAUGCUCGUAUUACCAUAUUGGCCAAAAGAUCCUAACUUGGCAUAACUCCAGUGGAACAGUUUGGACAGUUUCAACAAGGUCCCUUGUGUGCAUGAAUACACUGCACCUGCAAGGCUGAAUUAUAGCACUAAAUUAGUGAGACAGGUUGGCUAUUGUGGGAAAUGUUGAAACAGUAUGCUACAACAGUAGAGUGCUCCUACAAAGUUGGAUUGUUUGGAAGAGGUACGUUGUUGGAGCGGAGUAGAGAAACCUAUGCUCGCAUGAUAUCUGGCCAGAAUGCUUGACGUGGACAUCAGCAAUGAACGUACCUCACCUUGACGAGCGCAAAACAAAAUUGAUUUUAAAGAUGCAAGUUCCAGCUUGUUUCAAGAAUUAAGAGGUUAAUUUGUUGUUUUUCCCCUUCUGGCUGCAAGAUGAUAAUGCUCUCAAUGCUGUACUUUUAUUCAGCACCUGUAGCUCCGAAGGACUACAGAAGAUUGCGAAGGAUAUAUGCAAAAAUGUUUGAAUAAUGAAAUUUUCAUCUUUACGUUAUUACUUGUAUGCAGAAAUGUUUACUUUUUAUAGGCAGUGUUCCAUGAGGCCCCAGGCAUGUGACAAGAGUGAUGGUAUCAACUUUUGUUGGAGAAAUACAUAGAAAACUGAACUACUCAAAGCUCUGAUUUGCCAAAUUAGUUGGUAGAAUCUGAGAUGUGAUGAUUCCAAAGAACAUUUUUUUAACAAAACAUCUGUGGUAAUUAACAUACUUAAAUUUUGUUUUGAACACAGCAUUUGUAAUCCGUCCACAAAACCAAGCCUUGUGGUUAUAAAUUAUUUAUUUAAUACAGUACGUGUUUUACAGAUCCAAGAUGUUUUCAUCCACCUUUGUCCUUAAUGAUUGCAUUUACUACAUUUUGUAAUGCAAUAGAUUUUGGCUUUCUCCUCCUAAUUUUCUAUUGGACCAGAAAUGCACGCGCUGAUAGAUUAAUUAUGAAACUGGUAUUUUGAAUACAGUGCAGUUGAAAGGAUUCUCACAACUGGAUAAAUCAAUGUGCUACAAAGCUUAUAUGAAGCAGUUUGGGAAGUAAUUGUUGAAUUAUUGGGCUUGACAAAGCAGCAGCAAUGCUAUUUUGGAUUGAUUUGGUAUGUGAUAUUUUAUUGUUGGAGAAUUCAAAUGGUAACCCAAUCAUAUUGUACUGCAUUAAAAGUACUAUGGAAAAUCUCACUACAUUCCUGUUUACUGCUGUACAAAAAAUGAAAACAAAUAAUGGUAUUCUUUGCCCAGUGUCAAAUGCCAGAACAACUGGUGUUUCAGAAUUAUUUGCGUAAUAAAAUUUGAAUAUUUAAAGACUUGACACAUUUUAUUAGCACUGUUUAAAAUGUACAUUAAUGUUUAGGACACUUGCACAAGCUGUUUUCUAUAGUUUAGUCUGUUUGCAUAAUCUGGUCAGAAAAUAUACAAUUUCCCAAUUUAGCUUUUGUUUACAACUGCCAACUUUAUGUAAUUUUACAGUGGUAGCAUGAAAAGACUGAGAAACAUAACCACUGAGUAAACUGAAAUUAACCUGUUGCAGUGUUGAAAUACCUUACAUAAUUGUCUAUUGAAAUGUAGUCUCUAUUUCAACACUGUUUUCUUUUUUCACAAAAUGAUGGUUGUGGAAAAACAUUUGAUGUUUCAGUCUCUUGCUCAUGACUGCAUUUGGGAGGAAAAAAAUCCAGAGGGGAGUGGAAAAUAAGCUCUGCAAUUUGUUGAGAACAUCUUGGAAAAGUUACCUUUUUGUGUUUUCUUUGUGCCUCUCUAUCUAACCAUUUGAUAGUAUGAACACUAAUUUUAUCCCCACCCACAUGGUUCUCUGGUCGUUAGACAUAGUACUUGUCUGCAGUAAAUACUAACAAGUUUAGGGUGUCAGAAAAUUCUCAUCCGGCCUAAUAGACAAGCAAAGACUUCCCAUAAGUGAAGAUGCAGAGCCAACCACAUG